CGGUGGAGGCUUCCUCUCUCCACCCUGCUUCCUCCAAAACAGCCACAAAAUUACAAAAAAAUGGUACAGUAAAAACUAACUAUACGGCGUCGCCACUUGUUUCUCUCUCUCUCUCUCUCUCUCUCUCUUGUCAGCUUCUCUUACCCUCUGUCUUCAGACCCACAACCAAAUUUCCAAGCUUUCUGCGGUUUUUUCUCAUCUUCAGAAACUCCCUAUCAAGUAUUGUGAAUCUACUAUGUGGGGUACGAUGACAAAUAUUUGGUUGUCGGAUUCGCAAAAGGCCAGGGUGGCAAUUUUGAGUAAUAUCAGAUCGCGGAUUGCCCAAAAGGAAAAUUUGAAUAUGGAUAUUUCAUACCUGAAAUGCAGAUAUGUUCAAAAUUUUUGCUUGGUGUGGUAGCUUUCUUAUUUUAGAGAUUUGAAAUGCAAAAAUAAGUUUAUAGAAUGAAUAUGCCUGGAACUUGCAGUCAAGAAGUUCCAGGUAUUAUGAUUAUUUCUUUGAUUUUUCUUAGUAUUAGAAGCUCAAAAAUUUGUUGGUUUGAUUAUGGCUGUGGCAGUGGAACUGCUUUAGUGGUUUAUUUGCCUUAGCAUGUUCUUUUGGGGUGACGAGGGAAACCCACACCCACUACCGAGGGUGUGCACGGGGUAAACCCUGCCGUGUGAUCAUAGCCAACAAAAUACCACAAAAGGAAGUAAACCAGCCUAGGUGGCCCAUAGCUGACCGGCUCAAAACAAGGAGACUGGGAUUCGAACUCAUGACCUUGUGAUUACAAGUUUGUAUCAUUAGCCAACUUGGUUGGGGUUCAUAGACAGUGGCCAAUGGCAUGUCGUUUCAGCACUUUGUGGGGAUCUUUUGAAUAGAGCAGAACCAAAGGAAUGCUGAAAGAUGUGGUUGAGCAUCGGGGAACCAUAUUUUGAUAUGCAUGAUGUUUGUGACUUGAUUGAGGCAUUGUCCUUCCUUGAUAAGACUUGGCCCGAGCAUCUUGAUUGUAUCUCCUCCUUGACUACCCUUUGCGAGAUGCAAAUUAGACUGGCAGAAUCUAAGUUGCUGCUGGUGUUAAUGUCUGACCUGUGCGAGGAUGGUCGAGCUGGACUAAUUUCCAACCUUCCUUCUUCAUAUUUGUUCUACUAGCCAGAGCAAGGACAGUAUUUUGUUCAGGUUUAGGUUUUGUGUUUUGAUGGCUUAUGGAGGGACUUCUCUUAUGGAGAGAUAUGAAUUAGGAAGGUUACUGGGGCAAGGCACAUUUGCUAAGGUUUACUAUGCUAGGAGCAUCGUAACCGGACAGAGUGUUGCCAUUAAAGUCGUGGACAAGGACAAGAUUAUGAAGGUUGGACUCAUGGAUCAGAUCAAGCGGGAGAUAUCUAUUAUGAGGCUAGUAAGGCAUCCUAACGUCAUCUUACUUCAUGAAGUCAUGGCGACAAAAACCAAGAUUUAUUUCGUAAUGGAGUUAGCUAAAGGGGGUGAGCUCUUCAACAAGGUGGCUAAAGGAAAGCUGAAAGAAGAUGUUGCGAGGAAAUAUUUUCAGCAGUUGGUAAAUGCCGUUGAUUUCUGCCACAGUAGAGGUGUCUAUCAUCGAGAUUUGAAACCCGAAAACUUACUCCUAGAUGAAGACGAGAAUUUGAAAAUUUCUGAUUUCGGUUUAAGUGCUCUUGCUGAGUCAAAGCGCGGGGAUGGACUACUUCAUACCACCUGUGGGACCCCAGCAUACGUCGCGCCUGAGGUCAUCAACAUGAAAGGCUAUGAUGGGGCAAAAGCAGAUAUCUGGUCCUGUGGGGUCAUCCUAUAUGUUAUGUUGGCUGGUUAUCUCCCAUUUCAUGAAUCAAAUUUGAUGGAAAUGUAUAGGAAGAUUGCAAAAGCUGAGUUCAGAUGCCCCAAUUGGUUUCAACCCGAGAUUCGCAGGCUACUUUUGAGAAUAUUGGAUCCCUGCCCUGAUACUAGAAUUACCAUUGCAAGGAUUAGGGACCAUCCAUGGUUCAAAAGAGGAAUGACCUCUAAAUACAUUGAUGCCAAUGCAAAAAGCAAAAACGUCGGUUCUCAGAAUACUAGCAUUGUUGCAGAGGACAAACAAGAGGUGCCAAGAUUACUAAACUUGAACGCAUUUGAUCUAAUCUCCCAUUAUACAGGCUUUGAUUUGUCUAGAUUGUUCGAGGAAAGUUGUCUGAAGAAACAACAUAGGUUCACUUCCAGGAAACCUCCAUAUGUGAUCAUAUCUAAACUCGAAGACAUUGCGAAACAUCUGAAGCUGAAAUUGACCAAAAGGGAUGCAGGGCUUUUGAGGUUUGAAGGAACAAAGGAAGGUAGAAAGGGCAUCUUGUCCAUUGAUGCUGAAAUCUUUGAGCUCACUCCUGCUCUUCAUUUGUUAGAGGUUAAGAAAUCGAACGGGGAUACAUUAGAAUAUGAUAAGAUAAUGAAUGAUUGCAUAAGACCUGGACUUCAAGAUAUUGUUUGGGCUGAACAGAAUGAUAUUACAACAGCUAAAAACAGGACAAGGAACUGAAAGAAGCCAAUUAUCAGAGGCAUUUGAAGAACCAGCAAACUCCAUAACAGCAGCAGGAACUGGAUUAGCUAGCCUAGGUUCUCAUACAAUUUGCAAAGCUUUCAUGCAAUCUUAUACUUGUACAUUUUUCUUGUUUAUAAGGCUUGUAUCCUUCAUGGGUUCUUUUAUUUUUUUUAUGGACUCAGAUCAUACAAACCUUCUGGAGUUUCUGGCUGGUUUAACUACUCGUGAGGUUUGAAGAUCUAACUAGAUUCAUGGCUUAA